GCCUCUCAUUGGUCAAGCGCUCGACCUCUACCGUCGCACCCCUCUCUCUGCCCCACCGUCCCAAAACCAAACCCCCUCUCCCGCCUCCUCCUCCCCCUCCGCCUCCCCCUCCUCCGCGUCCCCCUCCCCCGACUCUCCCCCCUCCACCCACGGCCCUGCUGUGUUGCUUCCGCGGCUGCACCAGUGGCGCGAGCAGUAUGGGGACGUGUUCGGGUUCACUGUAGGGGCCACGGUGCAACUGGUUGUAACGGAUCCUGCACUAGUGAGGCAGCUUCUCCUAGCAAGCAGCGGGCGGGUCAGCAAGACAGAGAGGGCGCGCAAGAUACUGAGGCUGCUGGGCAACGGGCUGCCGCUCUCAGAGGGGUCUCUGUGGGCGCGGCAGCGCCGCAUCAUCAACCCCGCCUUCCGCCCCGCUGCGAUCAGG